CAGUGGAUAGCAAUUUAUAUUGGUCGCGCACGGUUUUAGUUAAUUGUUUUCGCCUUUUGUUUUUUUUUUUUUACCUUUUUAUUUUCAUUUUUGUAUAUAAGAUUUUAUUUUUUAUAUAUAUUUUUUAAUAUACACAACAAAGAUGGAACUUAAUUCUCUUUUAAUUCUCCUGGAGGCUGCAGAAUACUUGGAGAGGAGAGACAGAGAAGCAGAACACGGCUACGCGUCGGUCUUACCGUUCAAUAGCGACUUUUCCGGCAAGAAAACAAAAGCCUCGGCACUUUCAAGAAAGGCGCAGAACAAUAGAUCAUCACACAACGAGCUAGAGAAAACCAGACGGGCCAAACUGCGGCUGUACCUGGAGCAGCUGAAGCAGCUGGUUCCGCUGGGCCCGGACAGCACCAGGCACACUACACUUAGCCUCCUCAAACGGGCCAAGAUGCACAUCAAGAAGCUGGAGGAGCAGGACCGCAAGGCGCUGAACGUGAAGGAGGCCCUGCAGCGGGAGCACCGCUACCUCAAACGGCGUCUGGAGCAGCUCUCCGUCUCGGGCCUGGAGCGCAUCCGAACUGACAGCAUGGGCUCCACCAUCUCCACCGACUCUGAGCAAGAGGUGGACAUUGAGGGGAUGGAGUUCACCCCGGGAGAGGGCGACAGCAUGGGCAGCGUGAGCGACGCUGAGGAGGACCACUACAGCACACGGAUCAGCUCCGCCUCCAGUCCAGUCUCCGCCUCCAGUCCAGUCUCCGCCUCCAGCCCAGGCUCCGCCUCCAGCCCAGUCUCCGCCUCCAGCCCAGACUCCGCCUCCAGCUCCGGCAGCUACACACAUUCCCACAGACUUUAGUCCUGCCAUUCCUAAGCGUGCUCCCCGGCUCCGCCCAGCUACCUAAAUGCACCACCUUCGUUGAUUUGCCCCCGGUGGGGCGGAAACGGCCUGGCUUCCAAGAAUCGGACCGCAGACAACGCCACUUGUGACGUCCCCUCCAUCCCCCUCUCUUUACCCCCCCCUCCCCCGCCCCACUUCAUUUGCCACAAUUAUCAUAAUCUCAGACAGAAAAGCAGUUCAUCGUGGUGAGAAACUGUAGUGUAGCUUUGGCUUGCCAACAAGAACACCCAACUCUAUGUGUGUGUGUGUGUGUGUGUGUGCGCGCGCGUAUGUGUGUAAUUGGCAAAUGAAGAUCGUUUGCUGGUUUCAUUUAAAAAUGGCACUUAGACAUGGAAAUUUCGAGACAUUUUAACAUCUGUCAACUUCAAAGCUAUCUAAAUUCCCCACGGGGUUUUUGGCACUCAUGGGGAACAAUCAGACAACUGACUGAACACUUGCAUUUUUCUGGAACUUUCCAUUGAGGAAUAUGGCUGUGGUCCUUCAUCGCACCGCGUUUCGCUAUAGAUUACAGACGAGAGCACUUUUCGAAGGUUCGGUCGGCGCUGACUGGCGUUUUAUCGAAUUCCUAAUAUACACCUACUUCCAUUCUGUCUGCCAGCGUAGUCACAUGUCUUAACUGAUACGGUUUUAGUGAAUAUCAACCUAAAUCCAACCACGGCAGCCUAAAUCUCGGAAAAAUGCACUGACGUUUCGUAAGACUGUCCAUCGUCUUGCACAGAAACUUACCGAUGCUGAUUUUCAGUAUUAUGCCACUAACUCUGGUCUGUUAAUUUUAGCCAAAUGUUGGUCCCACAUUCCUCACCUGUGAUUAUGAUCUGUGCUGAGAGCGUCGUGAAGAGACAGCCCUCUCAUGUGUGUUUGGUAUCUCCCAUUGUAGUUCUGCGAAUGGGGAGGUCUCCUGAAUCCCAGACAAUGUAGGGGGGUGUUGUGAUUUAGGAAAGUAGUCUAGAGAGAUGGCAAACGGGGUGAGGUAGGAGGUCUUUGUUCGGCCAUGCAGGCUCUCACAGCCCCCGUGUCUCUCUUUGUUUCGCCGUCUUCAUGGCGGACUGGGAGCGGGUGCCAGUGGCUCACGGCGGCACAUUUCGGUGAGGCUCGACGGGAACUGUCAACGGCCGUGCGCGCUGCGGUUUCAGGUUGGCUUGCCAAUUCUACUUGAGACAAGCAAAAACAAUAAGGGAACGAAGGGGGAGGGAGAUGGCGUGGAGGAGAAGUAGCAGAGAAAGAAAGAAAGCAAGAGAAAGAGAGCGAGAGAGUACACGUGGUUCUCUUCCACCUUUACCAGUGGAUUUACCCUUAAUUGUAUUUUUUUUUUCAUUUAACUCUGGAAAUUGUCUCUUUCAGGUCUAUCUCAAAUCUUUUUAAGCGCUUCCAUGUUUUUUCCUUAUUUUUUUUCUAGUUAUAUACACGUAUAUUUACAAACUUAAGUAGCAGGCGAGCUCCGCCUCUGCAGUUUAUCCCGACGUCUGGCAGUUUCACCGGCAAUUCUCUGCCUCUUUUGUCUCCGUAACCCCGCGGCCCUUAUCAGAGUGGCCCGUAAUGCCGGGGGGAAAAAUAAACAUGACCUCUCCAGCCAAUGGGGUCCCAUAAAAAGAUGCAAAAAAAAAAACAAAAAAAUCUGCAUACAAAAAAAAAAGUUUUUAAGAAGUUUAGUCUAUAUUUCCUGUAUAAAAUUUUUGUAUUAUAUUUUCGUAAAUGUUCUAAAUGACAAAAAAAGAGUAUAGUGUAUAUAUGACAAGGAAGGACUCUGGGCUAGGCUUUGAGAAGAACCCCCCCCCCAAUGUGGUGAAGUCCGUAUGGCACCUGGAUGAACCUCGGUGCUGUUACCCCUCCCCCCCCCGGCCUCAUGAGUUCUCUUUACUUUGCACUCCUUGCCAAAUCGUGCUGACGACUUCUCGUCUGAGGGGUGGGGUCAUUUACUUGAAUGGAGGGUCCUUCGUAAAACCCGCCCCCAAAUCAGCGUUUGAAUUGGGGGCUGUCCCUCCACACAGCCCCGCCCACCAUCUAGCUCCGCCCCACUGUGUCGCUUACAUCACACUGACUGUGUUAGUGAUCCCCUUGGCAGCUCCAAAACAUCCUGGUUACUGUUCCUUAGCAACAAAAGCAGCCAUCAUGUUUUACUAUAUGUAAAUGAAGAGGAAGACCUAGGGAGAUGAAGGAAAAACUACAAUCUAUAAUGGCAGCUGAUGUUCCCCUUCUGUCUCCCAGGGCAGGUUGCAGUGUAGUAUUAAAGCAUUCUGAGUGAAUCCAAUACCGCCCUCUGUUUUUUAGAGGUGAGGCAACAAGUAUAGAGACCUGUUCUUUUGAUAAGUUUACAGGAAAUGAGAUUAAUUCCACUCUGAUGCAUUGUCAGACCAGCUCUUUGCAUUUAACUUUUCUUUCUUUUUUUUUUUUUUACACAUUUCCAGUUUGUGCAGUGAAGGAGAAAAGUUUUUUUUUUCCAUAAAGAGUUUACAUUCAUGUUAAGGAACAUGUGACCUUUAAAAAUGUACUAUGUAAACUUGUCAAAUAAACAACCAGGUGACUUAAAACUUGCACAGAACCUCCCGCUAUUAUGUGUGAUGCAGGCAUAUCCAGGGGGUGUCAGUUUUUAUGUGAGCUCGCCUCCCAAGUGAUACCAGUGGAACCGAAACAGGCUGAUAUUCUAUAAGGGCUCCUGUUAUCGCCCAUGGUGUGGAACGCGCUGGAAAGGACUGGUGCCGAGUGUUACACAGCCAUGAAGGUCUGUCUGUGGGAUUUCGAGAACUUCGAGGUGUCCUGCAAGUCAUCUGACGACGCCUGUGGCCUGUGAGGUGACUCAGAAAGUCUGAAAUAAUUUGAAUUUGCUUAGAAGCAAGAACACAAGGUGACGGGAUGAACGACAGCUGAAAGGAUAGGGGAGUGUCAACCACAAGAUUUCAGAGCUCAGUGGAAGCACGCGUGGGCAAAGGUACUGAAGAGGCAGAGGUGCCAUUGGCUGAGGCUCAGGAUAUGCCCAGGACAGGCCCAAGACAUGUCCAGGAUAUGCCCAGGACAAGCCCGAGACAAGCCCGGGACAGGCCCAAAACAUGUCCAGGAUAUGCCCAGGACAAGCCAGAGACAUGUCCAGGAUAUGCCCAGGACAGGCCCAAAACAUGUCCAGGAUAUGCCCAGGACAGGCCCAAAACAUGUCCAGGAUAUGCCCAGGACAGGCCCAAAACAUGUCCAGGAUAUGCCCAGGACAGGCCCAAGACAUGUCCAGGAAAUGCCCAGGACAGGCCCAAGACAUGUCCAGGAUAUGCCCAGGACAGGCCCAAGACAUGUCCAGGAUAUGCCCAGGACAGGCCCAAGACAUGUCCAGGAUAUGCCCAGGACAGGCCCAAAACAUGUCCAGGAUAUGCCCAGGACAAGCCAGAGACAUGUCCAGGAUAUGCCCAGGACAGGCCCAAGACAUGUCCAGGAUAUGCCCAGGACAGGCCCAAAACAUGUCCAGGAUAUGCCCAGGAUAGGCCCAAAACAUGUCCAGGAUAUGCCCAGGACAAGCCAGAGACAUGUCCAGGAUAUGCCCAGGACAGGCCCAAAACAUGUCCAGGAUAUGCCCAGGACAGGCCCAAAACAUGUCCAGGAUAUGCCCAGGACAGGCCCAGGACAGGCCCAAAACAUGUCCAGGAUAUGCCCAGGACAGGCCCAAGACAUGUCCAGGAAAUGCCCAGGACAGGCCCAAGACAUGUCCAGGAUAUGCCCAGGACAGGCCCAAAACAUGUCCAGGAUAUGCCCAGGACAGGCCCGAGACAUGUCCAGGAUAUGCCCAGGACAGGCCCGAGACAUGUCCAGGAUAUGCCCAGGACAGGCCCAAAACAUGUCCAGGAUAUGCCCAGGACAGGCCCGAGACAUGUCCAGGAUAUGCCCAGGACAGGCCCAAGACAUGUCCAGGAUAUGCCCAGGACAAGCCCGAGACAUGUCCAGGAUAUGCCCAGGACAGGCCCAAAACAUGUCCAGGAUAUGCCCAGGACAGGCCCAAGACAUGUCCAGGAUAUGCCCAGGACAGGCCCAAAACAUGUCCAGGAUAUGCCCAGGACAGGCCCAAAACAUGUCCAGGAUAUGCCCAGCACAGGCCCAAAACAUGUCCAGGAAAUGGAUACUCUGGAUACCAUGCCAUCAUAGUAACUGGGUUGGGGUAAGGGUGGUGCUUUUGUAAUCCCAGAUGUAUAGUUUCGUACAUGAAAUGUAGGCUAUUUCUAUGCAGUCUGUGUCCUGUAUGACUGACCGCAAACUCACCCGUCUGGCACACCCACAAGCGCAAACACGACAUGCAGGCCCGGGCGACCACAGCGACCACAAGGCUUACAUCGCUAAUGGCUAAUACUUCUAACGGCUAAUGCUUACCGUCGGGCUCCUUUGCCUUGAGAGAGCGGUACAGGCUGCUUCUCUACAUGUUUUAUUUUUUGGUUGGCCAGGGGUGUGGUACAGGGGAGGGGGCUUGACGUUUUUGCCAGCCGUACACAAAAUGGAGUUCUGUACCGGAAACUUGUGAAUAAAUAGAGAUAUAUAAAUAUAUAUAUGUAUAUACAUAUGACUUGGCAGACAAGCGUCGGUGCAUUCUGAAGGUGUAUCAUACUGUAUCUGUGCACAGGUCUACUUGGGGUGGACUGUUUUCCAAAUUCCCAGUUACUGUGCCGAUUAUACUUCCAUUGUAUUAUAAAUAAAGUUUUAUACAGAACAUUAA